AUGGCCGAGCUGCUGUUGGGCGCUUGCCUUACGGUGCUGUUCGAUAGAUUGGCCUCUCGUGAGCUGCUCGACUUUGCCCGGCGUGAGGAGCUCCAUUCCCUGUUCAAGAGGUGGGAGAAGACCCUUCAGGACAUUCAAAUUGUGCUGGAAGAUGCCGAGGACCGAGCCAUGGGUGGAGAGAGCCGAGUCACCCCUUGGCUCGACGACCUCAAGGACUUGGCUUAUGAUAUGGAGGACCUGCUCGACGAGUUCGCCACCACGGAGGCGCUGCGCAGCAGCUCGAUGCCCUCCGAUAAGUCUGGUGCCUCUUCGAACAAGUUGUGCAAACUUUUCCUCCCUAGCUGUUGCGCUUCUUUCCUGAGCCCCAGAAGGCUCAUGUUCGACCACAAGAUGAGAUCUAAGGUGGAAGAGAUUGAUGGUAGAUUGGCUGACAUCAUGCGCCGAAAGGAAACUCUCGGCUUGAGGGAGGGUGUUGGGGGGAGGAUUCCAGGAACUAGCCAUCAGAGAAGGUUACCCAGUACUUCUUUGGCGGAGCCCUUUCUUUUCGGGAGGGAUGCUGACAUAAAGGCUAUCCUGAACUUGGUGAUGCCUGAAAGGAGGGAUGUCUUGGUGAUUCCCAUCGUCGGGAUGGGAGGGGUAGGCAAGACGACUGUUGCUCAAUCAGUCUAUAAUGAUGAGAUCGUCGGACAAUCCUUCCUUGUGAGAGUGUGGGCCUGUGUCUCCGAUGAGUUUGACGUGUUGGCUAUAACAAGGACGAUAUUCUUGCAGUUAGUGGGUGGGGCUCAUGAGGGAAAGGAUUUGAAUGCCCUGCAAGUUGAACUCCAGAGAUGCCUCUCGGGAAAGAAAUUCCUCAUUGUUUUGGACGAUGUGUGGAACGAGGAUUACGAGAGCUGGACUCUGCUUCGAAGGCCGUUCGAGUCCGGCGGAGUGAAAGGUAGCAAGAUCAUCGUCACGACUCGAAGCCAGUCUGUAGCAUCCAUCAUGAAGAGCAGGACCGGCCCAGUGUAUCCAUUAGGUACGCUAUCACAUGGUGAUUGUCUGGCUUUACUUGCUUACCAUGCGCUUGGUAUGGUCAACUUCGAUGAUCACCCUUAUCUGAAGCUCGCGGGCGAGAGGAUAGUCGAAAAGUGUGGAGGCUUGCCUCUGGCAGCAAAGACUUUAGGGGGUGUCCUACGAUCAGAAUAUGAACCCAGCCAGUGGAUAGACAUAGCAGAGAGUAAGAUUUGGGAUCUUCCAAAGACAAAAGGUGUUCCCCAGGCUUUGAACCUCAGCUACAUUUAUCUGCCCAAGGUCUUGAAGCGAUGCUUUGUGUACACUGCUGUAUUCCCCAAGGACUAUGAAUUCACCAAGGAUGAUUUGAUCUCGUUGUGGAUGGCUGAGGGUCUUCUGGGGAGGCCACAUCAAGAGGGGAGCAUGCGAGAUUUUGGCGCAAAAUAUUUCCAUGAACUAUUGAGUAGAUCAUUCUUUCAACCAUCCGGUCGAGGGAAAUCGUUGUGUGUGAUGCAUGAUCUCUUGAACGACCUAGCAACAUCGAUUGCGGGUAACUCCUGCUUAAGUUUAGGGGAAGAUGGGUUGGCCUCUCACAAAGAGAAGACAAGUCUCGAAAAGGUAAGGCACUUGUCACUUAUUCCCCACCGUGAAGAAGUAUCAGGCAGGUUUGAAGGGUUUCCUUGCUUAAGGAGAUUGCGAACCUUCAUAGCACUAAAAUCUUUUCUGAAUAAUCAUGUCGCUGACAAGGUGAUAGAUGAUGUGCUUCGACACCAAAAGCAUUUAAGGGCACUUUCUUUAUGUCGUUACCAAAUUAAAGAAGUGCCCAACUGCAUUGGGACGUUGAGGCAAUUACGUUAUCUUAAUCUUUCGGGAAGUCGUAUAGAAUUCCUUCCUAGUUCGCUGUCUACUCUUUACAACUUAGAGACCUUGAUAUUGAAAGGGUGCUCUGAAUUGGUGGAACUGCCGAGCUGGAUCAACAAGCUAAUUAACCUGAGGUGUGUCGAUGUCAGCGGAACCAGGUCUUUGAGGAAGAUGCCAAGAGGGAUAGGCGAUUUGUUUAAGCUGGAGAUACUGCCAAAAUUCAUUGUUGGGGGAAACAAUGGGCCGAAGCUUAAAGAAUUGAAAGACCUACGGUUUCUUCAAGAGGAGCUCACCAUUCAAGGUUUGUGCAAUGCAGCAGAAGUCGGAGACGCCAGAGACGCUGCUUUGGAUGCCAAGCCAGGGUUGACUUCCCUGAUGUUAAGCUGGGAGCUGGAGGAUGGCCUCGGUAGUGCCGGAGAUGCGGCAAGUCAAAUGCAGGUCCUCGAUUGGCUUCAACCUCACACUAAAAUAAAGAAUCUUGAGAUUGAAGGUUAUGGAGGUACGAUGUUUCCAUCUUGGAUUGGAGGUUUCUCAUUUGUCCAUUUAGAGCGUGUGACAUUGCGUAAUUGCAGAAAAACUGAGACUUUACCAUCGCUGGGGUUGCUACCUUCGCUGAAAGAAGUAACAGUUCAAGGCAUGGAUGCAGUGUGUGCCGUGGGACCAGAAUUUUAUGGAUAUACCGCGAAGCCUUUUCCAUCUUUAGAGACUCUGGCUUUUGCUCAUAUGCACGCAUGGGUGCAAUGGUCUUUCUCGACUGGCAGUGAGUGGGAAAAGGGUCCAUUCCCACAGCUUCGUGAGCUUAGGCUGCGAAAUUGUUCGAAGUUGAUUAUUGAAAAGUGGGCCAUUCAACUUCCUGCUCUUGUAAAGCUUACAAUUGAAAGCUGUCCCCUGCUGGAGACUCCCAUCGCUACCAUCAGUCUGCCAUCUCUGAAAAAUGGUGACUUAAGAAAUUGUGAUGGAAAAGUGUUGAGCGGUGUGGUCAGCAUAAGCUCAUUGACACAUCUCACCAUGGUUAAUAUCGCGAGGAUUUCCGAGCUUACAUUCUUGCAAGGAGGUUCCCUAAGUUCCUUGACUUCACUUGAAGAGUUGCAUAUAGAGACUUGCGAUGAAUUGAUAUUCUUAUGGGAGGACAAAGACAGAAGUGCCGGCAUCAAUCACUAUCAUGCUCUGAAGCAUCUGACAAUAGAAGGUUGUCACCGCCUCGUGAAGAUUGGGACGUUUCCGCCUAAUCUUGAAUACUUGUCUCUGGAAGAUUGUGAGAAUCUAGAAGAGCUACCAGACGACAGGCAAAACUAUGGGACUUCUCUCAAAGUGUUAAGGAUUCAGAACUGCCCGAAGGUCAUGUCCUUGCCGGAGGGGAUGAUGCAAUGCAAUCUCGUGGAGCUGAAGAUCAGGAAUUGUUCGUCUCUCGCAUCAUUUUCAGGGGUCAAGCCACCACGCAAUUUGAUAAACUUAGAGGUGGUGCGUUGUGAGAAACUGCAGCGCUUGCCGGAGGAAAUCUUAACUGCCCCCAAGUCCAACCGUGAUGAUGAUUAUGCAAGGAGUAGCAACGGAGGAAAGAGUAGUGCAAUCUGGUGUGAUCAGCAUCCUCAGCUUCAAGUAUUGACAAUCUACAAUUGUCCUUCUCUCGGGUCCGUCCUUAAUGGCGAUUUGAAGCUGGUCCCUAGUCUGAAGAAACUUACUUUAUAUGAAGCUGAGUUUUUGGGGUCGUCUCUGGAAGGGAUAACAGUAGGCCUUGAGCAGGAGGACAACUCGUCACUCGAGGAAAUUGGGAUCUACUACUGUAAGAUGAUCAAGAGAUUAACCCCACACCUCCACAGGUUUACCGGUCUCACCAAAUUGCAACUAGACCACUGUCCCUCUCUAGAGUUGGAGCGCUUCCCGCUGCUUCCAGACAGCCUGUGUCGUUUUUCUCUUGAAGCAUGCCAUGGGAUCAAGUCUCUCCCUUCGCAGAUGCACGCUCUCCGGUCUCUGCGAGAACUAGAGGUGAGACGUUGUUCAGGUAUCACGUCCUUCCCAGAGGAGGGUCUGCCACCAAACCUGGAUGUACUCGAGGUCGCACACUGCGAGAAUCUGAACCAGCCCAUGUCCAAGUGGGGCUUGCAGCAAAUCACCACCUUACGGAGGUUGAAGAUUGGUGGGAAGAUAGGAUGCCUCAUAGGGACAAGCUUGUUUCCUCCACCAGAUGAAGAUGAGGGACAAGGACUGGGAGGCUGGCACAUGCUCCCUCGGAGUAUCGCUCGACUUGAAGUUUGGAAUCAAGAGAAUAUGGUAACUCUAUCCAGUGGGCUGCAAAGCCAUCUCACUUCUCUUCGAGCAUUGGAGAUUAAAAGGUGCCGGAAGCUCAAGUUCCUGCCGCGCGAAGGAUUCCCUCCCUCCCUCGGUUCGCUUGAAAUAUCAUAUUGCAAUGAAGAUAUCGUAAAGAGAUGCUCAAAGGAAGGUGGCGGUGGUGAUGGAGGAGGUGGAGAUUAUUUCCCCCUCAUUGAACGCAUCCCCUGUGUCACCCUAGCCUUAUAUUCCGACUAA